UUCAGCUGAGAAACCUCUGUCCCACCCUUCUUCCCUCCCAGGUGGUCCCCGUCAAAGGGCAAGAGAAUGGCCAAGGGGAGGAGGAGGAAGAGGAGAAGGUCCACGAGGAAGAACAGCCGGAGUCGGCACCCGUUAUCUCUGUAGAAACUGUGGUUCUGCCUCCCCUGGUAGAGCACGAAGUCAAAAAAGUCACACUGAGCGACACGCUCACCCGGCGGUCCAUCAGCCAGCAGUGUUCCAGGGUCUCCAUCACCAUCGACGAUCCCGUCCGCACGGCCCAGGUGCCCUCUCCACCACAGGGCAAGGUCAGCUGUAUCGUUCACAUCUGCAACCUGGUGAGGCCCUUCACCCUGGGGCAGCUGAAGGAGCUGCUGGGCCGGACAGGCACCCUGGUGGAGGAGGCUUUUUGGAUCGACAAGAUCAAAUCGCACUGCUUCGUCACAUAUUCAACAGUGGAAGAAGCUGUCGUGACGCGAAACACCCUUCAUGGGGUCAAGUGGCCACAGUCUAACCCCAAGUUUUUAUCUGCUGAUUUUGUGGAGCAGGAUGAGCUGGAUUUCCAUCGUGGUCUUCUGGCUGACCGUCCUGCCGAGGCCAAGGCGGAUGAAGCGCCCACCUUCCCCGGGGUGGGCCCAACCACGCGUGGGGAACGGGAGCUGUCCCGGCGCUUGGAGGCACGGGAGCGGGAGGCGGCCGUGCGGGAGCAGUGGGCCGAACGAGAGCGAGAGAUGGAGCGCCGGGAGAGGACCCUGGCAGAACGGGAGUGGGAUCGGGACAAGGUGCGCGAGGGGCCCCGUUCACGCUCCCGGUCCCGAGAGAAACGCCGCAAAGAGCGGCCCAAAUCGAAGGAGAAGAAAGCAGAGAAGAAAGAAAAAGCCCAGGAAGAACCUCCAGCUAAACUUCUCGAUGAUCUGUUCUGCAAAACCAAGUCAGCCCCUUGCAUUUAUUGGUUACCCCUCACGGACAUCCAGUGUGUCCAGAAACAGGCUGAGCGAGCAGCUCGUGCUCGAGAACGGGAACGCCGGCGCAAAGAAUUGGAAGCCGAGGAAGCCCGUCAGCGGGACCGUAACCGCCAAGCUGAGCGGGACAAGCGGCGGGAACACAGCAGAGAGCGAGAACGCGAGCACCCCAAUGCCACCAGUGGUGGUGGGGCCAGUCGAGCAGGUGAAUGUGGCGGCCGGGGAGACCGUGAACGGCGCAAAGCCAAAAGCCGCCACAGUCGGAGUCAGAGCACGCCUGUACAGGACAGAGGGGGGCGCCGCUGAGCUAUUCCCCAGCCUUCCUUUUGACCUUUAGGGGGGGGGGAGGAGUUGGUGGUGGGGGCACUUUCCCUGAAUCAAGCUCCUGAGUUUUGCAGGCAAGGAGGAACAAGGAGGGGUAGAGAGUUUCUUUGCCCACUGCUGGAAGGGCCAAGAGGGGUCUGGUGUGGCUGGUGGCGGCCAAAGUGGUAGGGCUCUCCCCCCCUUCCCCUAAUGGGAUAAGUUUGAUUCCGGACCCCUCCUGCUCCCCUCUUCUGGAGCCAGUGUCCUUCCUGUUGAUUUGUAUUUUAUUUUGGGAAAAUGUUUUUUUUAUUCUUCUGAUGAUAUAGGAAAGAGAGCAUAAUAAAGAGA